AUGCUACUAAAUCGAGUGCUAAGGGCCAACAGGAGUUUUCUCCCGGUCCAACGACGUUUCCAGUCCUCUUUUACGUUUUCUAACAACCAGUCAUUGAUGCAGAAGGAACAACCUAAGGACGAGAGAAGGAGAGAGAAAAAGGCCGACACUGAGGCCAAGGAGAGUGGUAACGGGAUCAAAAAUAAGAAAAAGACCCAGGUGGAGUUGGUGGCGAAAAAAAGACGUGAUUAUUCAUGGCUCCCCAAAGCGCCUCCGACGAACCAGUUUAAACCCCUGGACGUACGUACGAGCGUGUUUUAUAGUGGGUACAGACCUGUGUUUUUGGAUGCGGCUGAAAAAAAGGACAGCGGGUCCACCCUUUUCGAUUUCGCCAUGAAACUGGAAGCUUUGGGUGAGCCACUGCCGUGGGUUUCUUCCGCAACGGGAACUGAGUAUUUUGACGAAUGGGACAAAGUCCCCGCGUCGGUGAUCAAGAAACUGCGGCCGUUUGAUCCGCCUAGUACUAUUUCGAACGCACAGCGUGCCGAGUCGCAGCGCGUGUUGCGGCAACAGAGACUGGUGUCCGAGAAACAGAAGCUGACUAACAGAGCCAAGGGCCGUAAAAAGCCUAUCUUGGGCUUGCUCCGGAUGGUCAAAAGUUGGAAAUCGGACUCAUAA